AUGGCUUCUAACGAUAAGGGUUUGGAGGAGAUCCCCGAGGGACAGAUCGAUUCCAACUACGAUGAAAUCACUGACUCCUUCGAUUCCAUGGACUUGAAGCCCGAGCUGCUUCGCGGUAUCUACGCCUAUGGUUUCGAACGUCCCUCGGCUAUUCAACAGCGUGCCAUCAUGCCCAUCAUCAAGGGUAACGAUGUCAUUGCUCAGGCCCAGUCCGGUACAGGCAAGACCGCUACCUUCUCUAUCUCCGCCCUCCAGAAGAUCGACCCCAACCUGAAGGCCUGCCAAGCCCUGAUUGUCGCUCCUACUCGUGAGUUGGCUCAGCAGAUCCAGAAGGUUGUCGUUGCCAUCGGUGACUUCAUGGAGAACAUCACCUGCCACGCCUGUAUUGGUGGUACCGGUGUCCGUGAGGACAUGAACACCCUCCGCGAGGGCCCCCAGGUCGUUGUCGGUACCCCCGGCCGUAUCCAGGACAUGAUCCAGCGCCGUGCCCUCAAGACCGACCAGAUGAAACUGUUCAUCCUCGACGAGGCCGAUGAAAUGUUGUCGCGUGGUUUCACCGAGCAAAUUUACGACAUCUUCCAGCUACUUCCUCAGUCCACCCAGGUCACCCUGCUCUCCGCUACCAUGCCCCAGGAUGUCUUGGAAGUGACUACCAAGUUCAUGCGCGACCCCGUCCGUAUCCUGGUCAAGAAGCAGGAGCUUACCCUCGAAGGUAUCAAGCAGUUCUACAUCGCUGUCGAGAAGGAGGAGUGGAAGCUUGACACCCUGUCCGAUCUCUACGAGACCGUCACCAUCACCCAGGCUGUCAUCUUCUGCAACACCCGCCGCAAGGUCGACUGGCUCACUGACAAGCUCACUGCCCGUGACUUCACUGUCUCUGCCAUGCACGGUGACAUGGAGCAGUCCCAGCGUGACAUUAUCAUGAAGGAGUUCCGCUCUGGAUCUUCCCGUGUCCUGAUCGCCACUGACCUGUUGGCCCGUGGUAUCGAUGUCCAGCAAGUCUCCCUGGUCAUCAACUACGACCUGCCCUCCAACCGUGAGAACUACAUCCAUCGUAUCGGUCGUGGUGGCCGUUUCGGUCGUAAGGGUGUUGCUAUCAACUUUGUCACUGCCGACGAUGUCCGUAUGAUGCGUGAGAUCGAGCAGUUCUACAGCACCCAGAUCGAGGAGAUGCCCAUGAACGUUGCUGACCUCAUCUAA